CGACGAUAAACGAUAAACACAAGACCCCGCCUAUAAGGAACACGACCCCACAUCUCCUACAGAUCACUACGUAUACGAAAACAGCAACACCAAAACAACACCACCACCACCACCACCACCACUACCACCAAUAAUGUCCCGCCCACGCAAGACAGCACCAACCAACUCCAACACCCUAGGCCCAACUCCAACUCCAGCGACCGUACCAGUCGUCUAUUCCGAUGCCUACUUUACGAAAAUGCGUGCUUUUGUCAUGACUCCCGAGAGGCUAAAGCACGAGGGAUACAAAUUGGAGAAUCUGGGGAAUGAUGAAAUUUUGGGGUUUAGGAGGUGUCGGGAUUGUCACGGUCGGAUACGGACGAGGAAGUCGGUGAAGAGGGAUGAAAAGGAGAAAGCUGAUGGGGAUGGAGAUGGGGACGGCGAGGGUGAAGGGACCGGAAAGAGGAAUAGAAGGCGCAGGGGAAAGGGAAAAGAUGCUAAAAUCGAUGGAUCGACCGUUACGGACAAAAAGACAGAUGACGCGGAGAAUGACGAGGAAGACGAGGAUAAGGAGGAUGGGGGUGUGCCGGUGACGACGGUGACCGUGCGAGAGGUGAGCGACGAGACGGGCGAGGGAGAGAAAAGUGAAGCGGCCAGAGAUAAACAGGGCAAAGAAAAAGGAGGCAAGAAAAAGAAAACAGCCGUCUGCCAGUUUCAUACUGGUCGGGUUAUGGACAAGCAUUUUACCUGCUGUCAAAAGCACGUUUCAACCCCCGGUUGCGUCGAGAUGGAACGGCAUACACCUAUGGAAUACGCCCAGGGAGAAUUGGAAAUAGAAUGGAUGCUCUACACUACUCCUAUAAUGCCGGUGAAAUGGCAGGAUCCCCGGAUGGCGGUGGCCUUGGACUGCGAAAUGGGGGUAUCAAUCUACGGGGAGCCGGAGCUAGUGCGGAUCAGCAUGGUGGAUUUCUUCACGGGCGAGAUCCUGAUAGAUUCGCUGGUGUAUCCGCGUGUACGGUUGCAACAUCUCAACACCCGGUACUCCGGGGUAACCCGGGAGAUGCUCGAAACGGCGCGGAAACGGAAGCAGUGUAUAAUGGGCGGGCGAGAUGCGGCGCGAGCGCAGGUGUGGCGGUAUGUCGGACGGGAGACGAUCGUGGUGAUGCAUGGGGGUCAGAGUGAUAUGAUGGCGUUACGAUGGAUUCAUGAUCAAGUGAUUGAUACGUUUGUGGUAGAGGGGUGGCGACGGGAUGCUAUUGCUGCCAAGGAGGCUGCUAAGAAAGAGGCCGAUGCGAACAAGGACACCGCAGAGCCGGAGAAGAAGGACGGAACCCCCGGCGGACGAUCGCUGAAGCACCUGACGGAAACGAUACUAGGAGCGCAGAUUCAACAGGGGCGAAAAGGACAUGACAGUGUGGAAGAUGCGAUGGCGUGUCGAUGGCUGGUGGAUUGGUAUGUGCGAACAGGACUGGGAUAGGAAUACGUCAGACGAAUGGCGUGCUCAAACGGGCGAAUUGCUCAAUAUGCGGAGAGGAAGAUCAGUAUCAGAUUAGCUUCCAACCAGUUACCAUAGUGCACAGUAGAGUGCCUCCAUAGUAGAACUUGCAAUGCAUGCCUUGACCACAACAUA